CCAUUUUGCCUUCAUCAAUAGCAACAACACCUAUAGAAGAUGGAAAAGAGAACCGUGCAGGAAAUGGGAAAAGCCCCACAAAGGGGCAAGACGAAGAAAAUCCUUAAAUAUGCUGGCAAAUCUGUUGGUGGUGGCAUAAAGGAAGUGAUGUCUGGGAAGUCAUCAGGGAAAUCUAAAGAGGAACUAGAAUCAUCAGAGACCGAAAGAAUGAGCUCUGUGGAAUCUGAUAUUUCUGAUGCAGAGUCUCAACCUUCAUCAGUUGAUUCACCUCCAGUUGUAGCACCUUCUGUUGACAACAGUUCCACAGCCAGCUCCGAAUUGGCUGAAUUUGCAGCCUCCUACUGAAAGCCUCAUUGAACAGAAACCGAGUUUGGAAAGCUGAAAUUAUUGGAAGCCAAGCCAAUGAAGCUAAAGGCGCGAAAAGAACAACACCCAUUCCAUAGUCAUAAGCUCGAGC